UCACCCCUCUCGCUCCUUGCUGUCUAUAUCUCCUCCUGCAUAUAGUAACAGUGCCGGGGAAUUCCCUGUUGGUUUAAGCCUUCACGAUCCAUCUUUGCAUAAUUUCUCUCUUAAUUAUUUUUUUUUUUCUUUUACCUGGUGAGGAGAGAUGUACCAAUGGAGGAAAUUCGAGUUCUUCGAGGAGAAAUAUGGGGGAAAAAGCAAGAUUCCCGAAGAUGUUAGUGGAAAAAUCGAGUGCUGCUCCAGCGGCAGAGGGAAGGUGGUGAUUGGCUCCGAUGACGGCACGGUCAGCUUACUCGAUCGAGGUCUCAACUUCAAUUUCGCCUUUCCAGCUCAUUCCUCAUCCGUCCUCUUUAUCCAGCAGCUCAAACAACGCAACUUCCUUGUGACUGUUGGGGAGGAUGAGCAAAUAUCUCCACAGCAAUCUGCCAUGUGCCUCAAGGUUUUUGACCUUGAUAAGAUGCAGCCAGAGGGCACAAGCUCAUCUAUACCUGAUUGUAUUGGGAUCCUGCGAAUUUUCACUAAUCAGUUUCCUCAAGCAAAGAUAACAUCCUUUUUAGUACUAGAGGAAGCUCCACCAAUACUGCUCAUAGCUAUUGGCUUAGACAAUGGUAGUAUUUACUGCAUCAAAGGAGACAUUGCAAGGGAACGUAUCACACGCUUCAAGCUUCAGGUGGAUAGUGUUUCAGACAAAAGCCAUUCAUCCAUUACAGGUCUUGGAUUCAGGGUUGAUGGUCAUGCCCUUCAGUUAUUUGCUGUAACUCCAAAUUCUGUGAGCUUGUUCAGCAUGCACAAUCAACCACCAAGGAGGCAAAUGCUAGAUCAGAUAGGAAGCAAUGUUAAUAGUGUAACAAUGAGUGAUCGCUCGGAGUUAAUAAUUGGCCGACCUGAAGCUGUUUACUUUUAUGAAGUUGAUGGGCGUGGUCCCUGUUGGGCAUUUGAGGGAGAGAAGAAAUUUCUGGGGUGGUUUCGUGGUUACCUUUUAUGUGUUAUUGCAGAUCAAAGAAGUGGCAAAGAUACUUUCAAUGUUUAUGACCUGAAGAACCGUUUAAUAGCCCACAGUCUAGCAGUUAAAGAAGUUUCUCACAUUCUUUGUGAAUGGGGUAACAUAAUACUUAUAAUGACUGACAAAUCAGCUUUAUGUAUUGGGGAGAAGGAUAUGGAAAGCAAGCUGGAUAUGCUCUUCAAGAAAAAUCUUUAUACUGUGGCAAUCAAUCUUGUUCAAAGUCAGCAAGCUGAUGCUGCUGCCACAGCAGAAGUGCUAAGGAAAUAUGGAGAUCAUCUGUAUAGCAAACAAGAUUAUGAUGAGGCUAUGGCACAGUACAUCAACACUAUUGGUCACCUUGAACCUUCGUAUGUGAUACAGAAGUUUCUGGAUGCACAAAGAAUAUACAACCUUACAAAUUACUUGGAAAAUUUACACAAGAAGGGUCUUGCUUCUAAAGAUCAUACUACUCUUCUCUUAAACUGCUAUACCAAAUUGAAAGAUGUUGACAAGCUGAAUGUAUUUAUUAAAAGUGAGGAUGGUGUUGGGGAACAUAUGUUUGAUGUGGAGACUGCAAUAAGGGUCUGCCGUGCUGCCAAUUACCAUGAGCAUGCAAUGUAUGUUGCUAAGAAGGCAGGGAGGCAUGAACUGUAUUUAAAGAUCUUACUUGAAGACCUUGGUAGAUAUGACGAGGCUUUGCAGUAUAUUUCAAGUCUUGAACCAAGUCAGGCUGGUGUUACUGUGAAAGAAUAUGGUAAAAUUCUCAUAGACCACAGGCCAGUUGAGACGAUUGAAAUACUCCUGAGGCUUUGUACUGAGGAUGGGGAAUCAGCAAAGCAAGAAUCUUCAAGUAGUGCAUACUUGUCUAUGUUGCCAUCUCCUGUUGAUUUUCUCAAUAUUUUCAUGCAUCAUCCACAGUCUCUUAUGGAUUUUCUUGAAAAAUAUACUGACCACGUAAAGGAUUCUCCUGCUCAGGUAGAAAUUCACAAUACACUCUUGGAACUAUACCUGUCUAAUGAUUUGAACUUUCCAUCAAUAUCACAAGUUUGCAAUGACAUAGAUCUUUCUCUCAGAGGAAAAUCAGGAGUGCCUAGGAAAUCAAAAGCACAAUCCAAUGGUAAAUUAGUUGGCAAUAGCAAAGAUACAUACAAGGAAAAAGAAUGCAAAAGAAGGCGCGAGAAGGGACUAUGCUUGCUUAAGAGUGCAUGGCCAUCUGACCUGGAGCAUCCACUAUAUGAUGUUGAUCUUGCUAUAAUUCUAUGUGAGAUGAAUGGAUUUAAAGAAGGGCUUUUAUAUCUAUAUGAGAAGAUGAAACUAUAUAAAGAAGUUAUUGCUUGCUACAUGCAGGCCCAUGAUCAUGAGGGUUUAAUUGCAUGCUGCAAAAGGCUGGGGGAUUCAGGUAAAGGAGGUGACUCAUCUCUUUGGGCAGAUCUGCUGAAAUAUUUUGGUGAACUAGGUGAAGAUUGCUCCAAAGAAGUCAAGGAUGUUUUGACUUAUAUAGAAAGAGAUGACAUCCUGCCUCCUAUUAUUGUUCUUCAGACCUUGUCCAGAAGUCCAUGUCUCACACUCUCUGUCAUCAAGGAUUAUAUAGCUCGGAAGCUUGAACAAGAGUCAAAGCUGAUUGAAGAGGAUCGUCGAGCAAUUGAGAAGUAUCAGGAGGGGACAGUAGCAAUGAGAAAAGAAAUUCAGGAUCUCAGGACUAAUGCAAGAAUCUUUCAGCUCAGCAAGUGCACUGCUUGCACUUUCACCCUUGAUCUUCCUGCUGUACACUUUAUGUGCAUGCAUUCAUUCCAUCAGCGUUGCCUUGGUGAUAAUGAAAAAGAAUGCCCAGAGUGCGCUGCUGAGUACAGGUCUGUUCUGGAAAUGAGGAGAAGUUUGGAGCAGAAUUCCAAAGAUCAAGAUCAAUUCUUUCAGCAAGUGAAGAGCUCUAAGGAUGGUUUUUCUGUGAUCGCCGAGUAUUUUGGAAAAGGGAUCAUUAGCAAAACCAGUACAGGCACGCAUAGAUCAAGCAGUUUAUCUUCCAGUAGUGACUUCUGAUGGAUCUUGAGUGUUGCCCUUUUUCAUGUUAAUUUUUAUGCGUUGCCUUUGCUAAUUUUUAGCUGAAUAGUGUUCGGUGAUUAGUAUUAGCCGAGGUGGAAAUGGUCCACAAUUGUUCUUGCUAUAGUGCAGUGCAUCUGUUAUUUGUUUUGUACAAUUGAGUUUUCACUGCAAGGUGUUUCUAGAUUAGCAAUGAAAAUUAAUGAUGUAUCUACUGCUAAUUAGCAACUAAA